AUGUCAAAAGAUGUGAAAGCAACGUUGAAAGAAGCCAAAGAGCUUCUGAAGCAAAAAGAGUUCAGCGCCGCGAUCAAAAUAUGCAAAAAAGUGUUGAAAGAGGAAAAACGCAAUUACAAUGCUUUGGUUUUGAUGGGGGCUGCGAUGCGCGAAGUGGAGACCAUGAAAAGCCAAGCUCCAGUUCAGUUGAAAAAAGCUAUUGACAUCCAGCCUGAUAAUCCACUUGCUUGGCAUGGCUUGCUUGUUCACUAUGAAGAACAGGAAGACAAUGCUGAGGCUUUGGUUGAACUUGUUCAUGUUUAUAACAAAUUGUUGCAGCUAGAAAGUGAUCAAAUAAAGUUUCUUCAAUAUUUAAAAAAUCUAUCCAAAACUUUGCUGAAACUCAAUGAUGACAAAGUGCUGUUUGAAAGUAUUUCUGUACUAUGCAAACUGAAAGAAAAAAGGGAUAUUUCAGAAGAGACUGUGAAAAUCAUCAAUGAAGCCAUGGCUACAGUUUUAACUCAGUGUCCAAGACUUUCUAGUGACCUUGAUGAGAUUUUGGAGCAAAUAUUGUCUUCCAUUGUUGAGGAUAAGAAUUCUGCCAAUAGACACGAGUAUUACAAAAAGUAUUUGAAAUUGUUAUAUAAAUUUGAGAAGAUUGAUAAACUUAUGUCUGAAGCUGCAAAAAUGCAUGCAAUUUUCGUACUAGAUAUUUACCCGCUUGAGUGGGUGUGCCGUGCCUAUUCCGAGUUUACCAUCACUCACAGCAAAUAUGAAGGAGUGGACAUUACUAUUUUCUAUGAAACUCUUUUGGAUCACGAUCCCGAGGCUCUUCUGGGACAUUUUGCCAAGGCGGUGUAUCUUUACGAAACUGGAAAUUUGAUUGAUGCGAGAAAUCUUAUCAGUCACUUAGUUGGCAUCAAACCAAAAUGGUUUCACGCUUGGUUCCUGUUGGGCAAAAUCAAUGUUUUAUUGCAUUGUUGGGACGAUGCUGAAACGGCUGCUAUACAUGCACAAAAACUCAUACCCGAGGGUGAUCCUCAUAAUUUGCGUCCUGCUUGUAACUUAAUAUUAUUAGAAGCUCUUAUUAAGAACUUGAACAAAAUUAAAUGGAAGAAAGCUAAAGAACAGUUUGAAGAAUUGUCUGAUGGCUCUGUAAAAAGUCAUAUUUUACGUGCUCAUCUGUGCGUUUUGUUGAAUGAUUCGUGUGCAAUCAAUUUAAUACAAAACUUGAAAAACAAUCCAGGAACAAAGACUGAAGGCACUAUUCUUCAUGCAAUCUAUCUGCUCCAAGAAAAACACUUGGAAGAAGCAGCAGACGUUUUGGGAUCCAUCCUAGAAUCGUCUGAAGCUUGGAUGAUUUUGGGAAAAAUUCACUGGGAGAUGUCUGAUUACGGGCACAGUUUGAUGGCUUUCUUGAAGGCAAUCUGUGCUGAUCCUAAUAACUGGGAAUGUUUGGUCUACUUGGGACAGUAUCACCAAGAACAAAGUAAGGACUACGAGCGUUCCAGGAAAUGUUAUCAGAAAGCUUUGCAAAUAAAUCCCAACUCAAAUCAAGCGGGUAUUGGUUUGAGCCUAGUGCAUAAGUUUUUAAAAAAUACCGAAGCAAACUUUGAAUUUCUUACUCAAUUAACGAGUAACAGUAGAGGACCAAAAUGGGCAUUAAUUCAGCUUGGUUUGCAGUAUCUUGACUGUAACAAUCCAUCCCAAGCAGUAUCGACUUUGAGAAAUGCUGUCAAGCUAGAUCCAAGUGACAGUAAUUGCUGGGAAUGCCUUGCAGACGCAUAUUUAGCUCGAGGUGCGCACUUAUCCGCACUAAGAUCGUACGAAAGAGCCUGUCAAUUGAACCCAGAGUCUUUUUAUUCUAUGAUUCAAUUGUCAAACAUCAAGCUGUUAGUCGGUCAAUUCGCAUUGGCUAAAAUAGACUUUGCAAAUAUCCUGGAAGAUAACAAAAACAAUGUUGCCGCUUUGAAGGGCCUUGCGGAGUGCUGCUAUAAGCUUGGGACAGAGAACGCAGCCGCGCAGCUUUUAGCUCGAGCGCGAGAUGAUUUCCAAGAGGCUGUGGACAACCUGACAAAGGCUAUAAUGCAAAAAAGCGAUUUUUUGUGUAUUUGGAAAAUGUUGGGUAAUGUUUGUUAUAAUGUGGCUGCUUUGCCGGAGAAAUAUUGCUUUCUCGAUGUUGUUCCGGGGUUGAUUCAGUCAGAUUCUCAGGAUGAUUAUGCGUUAAUAAAACGAAAAGAUAUAUUUUUGUUGGCAAUAAGGUGCUAUUGUAGAGCAUUAAGCAUGUCAAAGAGUUCGUCUCUUUUAUGGCAUGAUCUGGCCCGCUGUUAUUUUGCCCAGCUCAAUUUGGAUAGUUUGUCCGAUGCUAAAGAGGUUGUUAAAAAAAGUUUAGCCGCAGCUAAAGAGGCAGUCAAACUUGAUCCUUACAAUUGGUUCCACUGGAAUUUACUGGGAGCCAUUUGUAUGUCGAAGCUAGUUAAAAACUACGCCUUGGCUCAACACAGUUUUGUUAUGGCUUUGGAGAGGCAAUCCAACAACGCCGUGGCUUGGACGAAUCUUGGAUCGUUAUACUUGCUCUUAGAGGAUCCAUAUCGGGCUAACGAAGCUUUUUCGUGGGCUCAAAAAAUAGAUCCGGCUUACGUGAACUGUUGGAUUGGUCAAGCCUUUAUAGCUGAAAAGGUAUCUCAGAAGGAUGCAAUGGAUUUAUUCCGUCAUGCCACCCAACUCGGUUUUCACCAUGAAGCAGCCACUGGUUACACUCAUUGGGUCAUUAAAACUAUAAUGGAUCCCGAGUCAAAAAAAGAUCCUCUCUAUUCUUAUGUUAUCGAAAAAAUGCACGCGGUUGCGGUAGCCGCCGACGGAAUACAUUGGUAUACAGUCCACUAUCCUCACGAUCCAUAUGCUUUGAAUGCUUACGGACUAUUAUUAGAACGUCAAAAGCUAUAUAAACCAUCAUUCGAGCGAUUUUCGGAAGCCUUGAAGUACAUAUCGGAUGAUAAACAAAGGGAUCAAUUGAGUAUAAAUUUAGCACGUGCGAUGAUGUACUUGGGAAAGUCCGAAGAGGCUGUAAAACUUUGUUUGUCCAUCAAGAGUGCCAGUUUUGCAUCUCAUUGUCAAUUAGCUUUGUCGUUGUUCAAAGCUGAGCACUUUAAAGAAUCCUACGAAGCUUAUGAAGCAGCACUGCACUGGUUGGCAGAUGUCGAGACAGACAAGGCUCACGUUCUUUGUGCAAUGGCAGCAAUGGCCUAUAUGUUUCAGGAAAGUAAUGAUGCAAAGACACUACUUUAUCAGUCGAUUGGAAUCAAGCCACCAAUUAUAUCUGCCCUAUUGGCACUAGCUGCACUGGGAAUGCUAGAUGGAGAUGAAAAUUUGACACAUUUGGUUUUGAAGGAACUAAAAGCUCACGAUAACAAUCCCGAAUACAAGAACCACAUCGCCAGGCUGAUUGCUUAUUCGUUCUUGAUACAAAACGAUAUGGAGGGAGCAGCGAGAGUAUUGUGCAAGUAUAUCCAUCGUUAUCCAGAUUCGUCUGAACUGUGGACUGAUCUGGCUAGAAUCCUAUUGAUAAUGAGCGACAUCUCAUUUAACAAAUGCAUUGAUAAAGCACUGUUUUUGGGACGGAACUUGUCAAACGAGCAUACUGCAAAGGUCAAGUGUAUGUCUUCUUUAAGCACCCUGAUAACGUCUAGUCCACAAAAAGGCCUGCGAUCUGUAUUGAAUACAGUUCACUCUUUCCCAGCAACUGCAGACAGCUGGUCUAAUCUAAUAACGGCACUGUUACCAAGAUGGAGCAGGCAGUCACAAUUUAAUGCUCAUUGGCUGAUGGUAUUGGCAUCGCGAGUACGAAACAGUUUUACAUGUACAAGAGGCAUGGAGCAGUGGCUUUUAAAAAAUGAAAAACAAGCAAAUGAUAUUGCUUAUUGUUAAGCACUCUACACCUGUCAAUCCAAAUUGUAAAAACGAAUGUACAAACAAUAAGAUACAGAGUCCUAUUUCAAUAAACAACAUUUUAUAA